AAGCAGCCAGGGAGGAGAACAACGGACAAGCUGCUUGGACCCAAGCAAACCGAGCAGAUAGUUAUAAAAUAUUAAUAAAAAAGCGACUACAGGAUAGUUUUUGCUCAGUUAUAAGAUUACUAGAGAGUUUAAGACGGAUGGUUCGGUGAUAUCCACUCCUAGCGGUGCUGUUUAGCAUCAGCUAGCCGGUUAGCUGGUACCAACUGACGGGGAAGCUGUGUGGAAAGCGGCCGGUAACAUCAGCUCAGCUGUCCACAACAACAACAGACAAAGGAAACAAAGAGAUAACACAUACUUAAAAGUUUAAAUUGCAUCUAGCAAUACUGCUCGGGACUGUUGUGUUGUAGCAGUUAGUUUGUUGAGACUAGCUAACUUAACUUAGCUAUUGUUAGGUCGCCUGAGGCUUGACAUCUGUAAAUACUGGAUUUGGGUAGCUUUAGCUAACAUCGCUUAGAAAACAACAACACAAUGAACACCGAGGAAAAGCCUGCAGAGUCCACGAAACCCACUCCAGAGGAUGAUGGCAUGACAUGGUGGUACCGAUGGCUCUGCAAAAUAGCUGGAGUUUUGGGAGGAAUAUCCUGUGCCGUGUCAGGAGUGUGGAACUGUGUCACUGUGAACCCUUUAAACAUCGCAGCUGGAGUAUGGAUGGUGUUGAAUGCCUUUGUGCUGUUUCUAUGUGAAGUCCCAUUCUGUUGCCAGUUCAUAGAGUUUGCUAAUGCAAUAGCAGCACGUGCAGACAAAUUCAAACCAUGGCAGAAAGCCUUCUUCUACUGUGGGAUGGCUCUGUUUCCUGUAUUCUUGAGUUUCUCCUUUACAACGUUGUUUGGAAAUGGCAUCGCCUUUGCUACCGGAGUUCUGUACGGCCUUGCAUCUUUAGGCAAAAAGGGAGACGCGGUGACUUAUGCCCGACUGCAGCAUCAGAAACAGGGGGACGAAGAGAGGAUGACAGAAACGGCAAACGGGGCUCCGGAGUGAGACAUCUGCCCUUUGAUACUUCCUCUUUUCUUCAGUUCUUACUGCCCUCCAUCCAUCCUACCUCUCCACCCUCCCCUCCUUGUUCCCAUAUCUGUCACUCCAUAGUUAUUGGAUCCAAAUGUAUUUAUUUACUUAAAAUGCUGCAUUCUUGUUGUGCUGACCUAACAGUAUCCAAACAGAUUGACAUUGGAUUCUGUCCAUCAUUUGGUACCUGGUGUGUAAAGGGGAUCUCUCAUUGUGACUCGAUAUCUUAGAUUGUACGUUUUGUUUUCAUGGUUUUAUGAUUUAUGAACUUCUCCUGGGUUAUAUUUAUUGUUUGUUUCCCUUUUGUUGUUUGUUGCUGCUCUCCGUUGUAAACUAUUUUCAGGAAAUCGUGAUUGUAAAAUGCACAUAAUUGACUUCAGGUUAUUCACUUUGAGGCUGUGAUUCAGAGUUGUCUCAGUUCGAGAGAGCAGUCGAAUGAUAACGCGGGGUUAGCCGCACACCCAAAUAUCGAUAUCAGCUCUUUUGCAGCUCUAACCUCAUUAUCAUUGCAAAGUUUUUUUUCCAAUUCCUACUUUAAGCAGUGAAUGUAGAUGAUAAAAGUAAACGAAGUGAACAAAGCUCUAUUUCCAUUUAAGAUUGGGGUUCUUAUUACAUUUUAUUAUUAUAUUUAUUAGACUGACUGUUAUAACCACAGAUCUGUAAAUACCCUCAAGUGUUUUCUUAGGUGUUUCCCUGUAUUUGAGUCCCAAAAUGUACCUUCAUUGGACUACUUUUGAGUGAUUUUGGUAUUACAAUAUUAAACCCUAUGUGCAAACAAAACUCUGAAUUGCAGCCUAUAUGUAUGCAAACAUACAUAGGCAUUAGGGAUGUGUUUAACAUUGGGGAAUGUAUCUGGUAUACCCAAAGAUAAAGACAGUUUAUGCUUUUAUAUAACUUUUUCCAGUUGGUUUGAGCUCAGCACAAGCAUUCCUGAAAAACUGGCGCUUAUUUGUUCUCUUUUUUUUUAAAACAUGUUGUGUUAGACUCUGUUGCUGAAUAUCUGCUGUGUUUUUACUAUGAGUCUUAAUUAGUACACUCCACCAAAACCCAUUAAAAAUGAAAUGUGUCUUGAUUCAGGCACUAAUUGGUCUGUAUCCCUCACCAUCACCAGAGCCACAGUUUGCCUUUGUCACUCAACUGAGGUAUGAAGUGUCCAGCAAUGUACAAUUUGUGUUUGUGCUGGCUUGUUGCCUUGCGUCUGUUUUGUCAUAAUAAUAAUAAUAAUAAUAAGGAAGCUUUGGGAAUAACCGUUUACACAUACCUCUUACAGCUGUUUCUAUCCUAAGUCUUUUACUGGCUGUUCAGUGACUGAGUGGAUUAUUCACACAUUACCACCAGCUCUCAGGUACCGGACUCAACAAUGCACAACGUACAAAGUAGUUUAUGCAUAGAUGUAUGGUAGCUAGCACGAGCAUGACUCUAUCAAAUUACUCUCAUUUGAGCCGAUGGAAAAACAUUUGUGUAGCAUAAAAAGUCAAUAAACACUACAUGCACACCAGCAGUAUGCGACAGCCUGACACUACACACUCUUUUUUCCUUCUCCACAGCCAUCCAUCUAGUUUUAUUUUAUUGCCGUGACGUGCAUCAAAGACUCCCAUGAUUUGAUCGAUUUUUAAUAUGCAGUUAAGUGCAUAUUUUUGCUGUAAUGAAUACGUGUAUAAUGUGUUGUGAUGUGAAUCCUGAUCCUGUUACCAAUUACUGAAUUAAACAAACUUGCUUCUACUA